AUGCCUAAUCGACAUGAUAUUGCGGUUGCUGCCACUGAUUUAAUCCAUGCGAAAGAAAUUAUAUUAACUUUUGGGUACUCUUACACGGCUGAAGAGUUUUUUUUAUGCGCUGCUCGGUCCCUCACCACGGACUUUCAAGUAAUUGUUGUUGAGGCGGCGCCAUUACAUGAUGGUAUUCGUCUGGCGGCCAAACUUGCAGCAGCAGGAAUCGAGACAACCGUCAUUGACGAUUCCGCAGUUUACGCUCUUAUGUCACGUGUAAAUAAAGUCAUCAUUGGGGCCCACUCCGUUAUGGCGGAUGGCGGGAUCAUGGCGGCCAGUGGGACAUACUCUGUUGCUCAGGCAGCCCAUCACUUUUCCAUUCCCAUCAUUGUUUGUGCGGCCAUCUAUAAGUUGACCCCACGUUACCCCACGUGCGACACCGACGAACUGAACGUCCUGGUUUCACCUAGCGACUCCCUACCUUAUGCGGGCGUUUUGGACUCUGUAAAAGUCUAUACCCCAGCAGAUGAUUACGUCCCUCCGAAGUUAAUUGAGCUACUUAUCACAAACUACGGUGGCUAUGCCCCUUCUUAUAUCUACAGACUGCUUCGUGAGUAUUACCAUCCUGAUGACAUACAGGAUUAUGAAUAACUUAUUUAUAUACACAUGC